AUGCCUAGUGGAAAGAAUUUUAGAAGGAGAAAAACCUCCUCGGAUGAUGAAGAAGAUGAGACAACAGAAGCAGUCAGAUCUAAACUGGAAGAGGCAAAAGAGCUCCAGAGUUUGCGCAGGCGACAGACCGGAGUCAGUGUCACAGCCUUGUUAGUUGGAGAGAAAUUACCACCUGAAGCUGAUAUUGAUAAUGAUCCAUUCAAGAUGAAAACUGGAGGGAUUGUGGAUAUGAAGAAAGUCAAAGACAGAAACAGAGACAUGACUGAAGACGAGACCGAUCUUAGUCUUGGCACUUCAUUUUCAGCUGAGACCAACAGAAGAGAUGAGGAUGCUGACAUGAUGAAAUACAUUGAAACAGAAUUAAAAAAGAAGAAAGGUUUAGUGGAGGAUGAAGAACUGAAGGUAAAGGUGAAAAACGCAGAGGAUCACCUGUAUGAGCUGCCAGAGAAUAUCAGGGUCAAUUCUGCCAAGAAAACGGAGGAGAUGUUGUCCAACCAGAUGCUGAGUGGGAUCCCUGAAGUGGACUUGGGUAUCGAUGCAAAAAUCAAGAAUAUUAUUCAAACUGAAGAGGCCAAGGCAAAGUUGUUAGCAGAGCAAAGAAAUAAGAAAAAAGACCUUGGAACAUCCUUUGUGCCCACAAACAUCGCCGUCAACUAUGUUCAACACAAUCGAUUCUAUCAUGAAGAUGCAAAUGCUCCCCAAAGACAUAACAACAGACACAAAGAGGAACCCAAAGCAAGACCGCUGCGUGUGGGAGACACAGAAAAACCAGGGCUGGAAGCUGUACCAUCCCCUCCCAAUGUUCGGAAACGCCCCAACAAUGAAAAGGCCACUGACGACUACCAUUAUGAGAAGUUUAAGAAAAUGAAUCGUAGAUACUGA